GUUGGAGGUUGGAGGUUGGAGGCUGGAGGCUGGAGGCUGGAGGUUGGGGUUGGUGCUUGCAGGCCACUGGCCACUGGCCACUGGCUCUGUCCGGCGAGGGCUGCUGGGCCCUGCUGCGGCCUACUGGACUGGGCCGGGCAGUGCUUGUCGACCGUUUGGCUGGCUGGGUUGGAUGAUAUGAGCUGAGUGCCUCCUCGUCUCCCUGCUCCCGCGGCUGCUAUUCUGAGAAAAGGCUAUCCGUCGAUCGUCCCAACGUCCAAUCCGAAUCCAGGCCAACUACAACCCCCCUCCGAGCUCCCGGCCUUGACUUGCACCCGUGUGUCUUCGUCCUUUUCGUCCCCCCCCUUCUGUCAUUUGCAGCAUCUCGUCUAAUACCGGCCGGUUUCCUAUCCAUUCCCUGCCCGCUCUCUCCUCAGACGCAGUUCUGACUCCUGUGUUCACGUCCCCGUCGUGCCGGGCCAUUGUCUGUAUACAUAGUACCUCGACCUCGGACACGACAGCCACAUAAAUACCCCAGUCAAACUCCCACCUCCUGCCUGACGCAUAUGGGUAUUUACUGCCGCUGCCAAUACCAUUGCCAACACCAAUACCGACUCAAACCCCAGGUGUUGUGUAACUGGUCUGAAGUCGCAGCUCGGCCACAAACCGCCUCUUCAACUUGAAAGCCGAGCCCUGCCCCACCGCCCGCCCCCCCCACGGCGACGAGAGCUGGGUGGCCAACCCGACCGUCACAAUGAGCCACGAUCAGUACGUCGACGAAGACUUUCAGGACGGUGGCUACCCAAACCCCGAGCAGGCUUAUGACGAGUCGAACGGCUUUGAAGACUCCUACGACGACCGCAAUACACCCAACGAUGCCGACGACCACGACCCCAAUGCUUACAACAACCGGGACUAUGACGACCCUCCACCUCAACACGGCGCGUAUCCAGAUGAUACCCUUACGGGUGACUUCGACAGUCCCGGUCUCGAUCAAGACUUCACCGGCGACCCGAGGCACAUCUCCCAGGUCUAUCAGGACGAGGCCGGCGACAUCACUGACCACGACCCCAUCGCGGAAUACCUCAAGAGCAAGGACCCGGACUGGGACGUUCAGCCGCCCGAGACCAAAAAUUUGCUAGACCUCCCUGAGGACAUCCUCCGCCUGGUUGUCAAAGAGAUCACGCACACCAAUGACCUUACCUCCCUGGCCCUGACCAAUUCGACCCUUUAUAAACUCGCAAUCCCUCACAUCUACUCACGGUUCGACAUCGUCUGGCCCGAUGCCCACGCCACCACCACCGAGGCCAAGAGCGUUGACGCCCUAACAUACGGUCUGUCAACGCUCUGCCUGGGAAGCUCCUUCGCACGCACGACCACCCGGUUCCGCAAUUACGGCGACCAGACCCCGGCGCCCAUCAAGUUCGGAGACAACAACUAUGCACAGCACACGCGCAAGUUCUCGCUUGGCAACGGACCCAACGACUGGGUUGCUGAAUACAUGAUCAACAAGGAGAGUGGUAAGAUGCUGGGCACCUUGGUGGCUCUGGCCGUCUCCAAGAUGAAGAGUCUUGAGACUUUCAUCUGGGACAUGCCUACAGGCGUCCUGUCCGACAUCUUCAUCGCGCUAGGCUCCCUGCCGGAUGAGGAAACCCGUGAGUGCAUGCUAGAGCGCGUCUGGAUCCGGUGGCAUGACAACAACGACACUGGCGCGUCCCCUUCUUCCUCAUCAAGCCCCGCUCCCGCUGCUCCUCAGGCAGCCGUCGUGCCAGCAGGUAGUACCCUCACGCCCAUUGGUAUAGCGCUCCCUUCAACUGCAUCGCACCCGGCCCCAAGCCCACCCAUUACCUACUCGGAAAAUCAGGUUGAAUACCCCACGUUCAGUGUCCUGCCCCCCCUCAAGAGCCUCACGGUGCUGGAUGUGGAUGAGCUGGCCUAUCUCGACGAGAUGGCCGUUCUGGUCGAGCGGUCCAAGCAUAUCCUCCAAGAGCUCAGGCUGGGUGUCUCCGCCAAGGCUGUCCACAAGGACUUUGUGCAGACUUGGGACAGUCCCGAGCUACAGCAGGUAGAUCACAACGCGAGGUGGCCGGGGGAGAGCGCCAUUGGAGAGAGGAGACUCGGCGGCAUUCUGGGCGUUCUCAUCGGGCGUGUAUAUGACAUCCGGAGGAAGUUACCCAAGACGAAACCAAACCCACCCCUGCCCUUGCCUGAAAGCAGCCCCGGGCAGCAAGCUCUGUUGACAGGAGAGUCCGGCGCCCCAACUCUACCGGCUGGUGCUUCACCCCCGCCAUUCUCAGGCGAGCCAAGCCCCGCAGCGGGGGCACCGUCUAUCGACACGGAGAUGAGUUCGAGGCGUUCUUCGGCCCUGAGGGUACCAGGCGGCUCAGGACCUGGCACCCCGGCGAGGAAGAGACUGGAUGGAAGGCUCAGGCUGACGACCCUGGAGCUGGAGAGAGUGCCCCUCUCCAUGCAGGUCUGCAGCAAGGCAUUUGACUGGACCGUGCUGGCCAGUCUGACGAUCCUUGAUUGCGCCCAGCAUGAGAACCUGUGGAAACUGCUGAAGAAGCAAUUCGAGCCCAGGCCUCUGGAGUCCGGGUUCGGGAUCUCUCCGACUUCGAGCAAGCCGGUGCCCAACGGUCCAUUGGAAUACCAGUUGGGCCUAAAGAGUAUCCACACGGAUCAGACAUCCCCGUCCCUCAUUGCCUUUAUAAAGGAGACCUUGGCUCCAAAUUCCCUGGAGUGCCUGUUCCUGCAAGACCGGAGGCGUGGCACCGCUGCCAGCGCCCCUCCCCAGGUCACAAUCGAUUCGAUCUUCAAGGGGGCCAUCAAGCGGCACCGGAAUAGCCUGAAGAAGCUCCUUCUUGACAGCUCGAACAAGGUUACGUCGCCAGGGGCCAACUCUGCCGAGACCAUGAGGUGGCGGUCCUGGUGCCUGACCAGCGACCUGCUGCAGUAUGUGACCAGUGGGCGGAUGAGGAGGCUAAAGGAGCUCUCUGUCUCCAUCGACUAUAAGGACUGGCACACAUUCCUGCAACGCCUGCCUCACAUGACCCAGCUUCGGUCGCUCCAUAUCCCAUACAUGGCGGAUCACGUCAUGGGCAACUUCGAGCCCAAGGAGUUGGUGAUGCAGGUGGCAGACAUCAUCACACUUUGCCCGGAGAUCCAGCUCUGCUAUGUGGGCAUAUCGACCAAGUGCUUUGAGAUCAUGGAGCAGCGUGCAUCUGAUGUCACAGGCUCGGGCCUCCUGAAUGGCAACGGUGGGGCGGCCAACUCAGGGAGCGGUAACGUUUCGAACAUGGGACAAUCGCCGGCAGAGGUUGACGAGGCCACCGACGAGGACGAAAACGACACAGAAGACAAUUCUGACGACGCGGAUGACUCAGACGAGGAGGGCACGCCCACAAGCCCGACAGACCCGGACGAGACCCAGUCUGAGGAACACCACAGCGACGAAGACUCAGACGACGACGAUUCGUUUGUGGAACCAGCGGCCAAGACGCGACUGCGCCUGAGGGAGAUUCUUUUUUACGACGACAAGGUGGCCAUCUUCAAGGCCAGGCACGGGCGACUUUAGGUAACUGUAUACCAACCAGGUGAGUCCGAGUAGGUAAGUCAUGAGGGGGUCGAGGGGGGCGAGAGAGUCAGCAUGGGUGGUUUUGUAUGAGAGGCGUUUAGGUCAACGUUGUUUUACAGACGGCCAGGUUGAUGUGCGCAUCAAGCAAGCAGGCAAGCAAGCAUGGAGGCCAUUAUUGGGGCACCCUCCUGCUGGCUGUGGCGAGACAAAUAGGAUAUGCAUGAUAACGGAAAGGUUAGACGAAGAAUUUGCGGAUAACAUGGCAUGGACCUGCGAGGUAGGGGCCUAAUGAUGAUGCGAACCGGGGGCUCAGGUGCCAUCAAAGGGAGCACUGUGGGGACAGGAUACGAUUCAAGCUCACCUGCAGCAGCCAUGAUUAAUUUGUAUAUUAUUCUGGAGUGCUAGUCACGGUGAAAGGGACGAACAAGAUACUUGAAGCCACAUGCACCCUCA